AUGGCAAGUCUACUCGUGGCGAGUCUACUCAUGGCAGCAGAAAGCUGCAGUCCUGCCGGAGGGUGGGAAAGAACGUCGGCGGAAGUACAAUGGGCUGCUGCACAGAUGGUGAUCCAAGGAUUUUCGGACGGCCAAAGAACUUGCGGAGCAGGUUAUUCAUAUAACGACUACAACUCACAGGACGAGGAGAUUUUCAAUCAGUCCGCUUGCGGCGAUGACGAACCCUUAUCUUUCGUCUUAGUUCGAAAUCUUACCAUCCUGAAGGGCUCUGCAAACUGCACGGAAGCUUUGAUUGGAGGAUUCCGAAGUUCUGCAGCAUGUGGAGUGGAUCCUCCAGCUGCUGGCACUGCUGGGACUUACUUUCUAUGCCAGGCUGAAGAUGCUGGCGGACUCUGUAAAGGAGUUCUGAACACGAACGGCAACAUCCAUUUGGGAUUUGAGACGGGGGCUGUGAGUGAUCCUGGCUAUGACUGUUCUGCCGGUAGCACUUGCACAGAUGUCGCUCUGUGUUCCAUCGGCAACACCGGAGCAUCAACCCGCGCUGCACAAUGGACCUUGGUGCUGGCGUUGUCCCGAAUCUUUUUCUGGCUUUCCUCACAGAAUGAUUUGUUUUAA